UGACUGACCAUGACCUUCCUCUCGUCUGUCACGUAGUCGUGUGUGUAGACGAGACACGCGAAUGAUUGUGCAAUGUAGGAGUAGAGAAAUCACCUCGUACAACGACACAGUCUGUUUACUCUGGUUUUAGCAGGUUGAGCGGGAACAAUGGUGAAGUAUUUCAGCUGUACAGGCUUUCUGAAGAGUUCUUGGGACCAAGUGUUUCUGGCGUUCUGGCAGAGAUACCCCAACCCUUACAGUAAUCAUGUUUUAACGGAAGACAUCAUAUUUCGGGAAGUCACUCCAGACAACUGCCUGAUGUCCAGACGUCUCUUGACCAAAACCAGCCGGGCUCCUCGCUGGGCGGAGAGGUUUCUGCCCGCACACAUGGCCCAGAAGGCCUACAUCAUCGAGGACUCAGUGGUGGAUCCUCAGGGCCGGACCAUGACCACCCUCACCUGGAACAUCAGCCACGCUCGAGUGAUGAGCGUGCAGGAACGGUGUGUGUAUAAGGUGAACCCUGAGAACAGCAGCUGGACUGAGAUCGAGAGAGAGGCCUGGGUUUCCUCCAGACUGUACGGCCUCUCUAAAGCGGUUCAGGAAUUCGGACUUGCCCGGUUUAAGAGCAACGUUACCAAGACCAUGAAAGGCUUUGAGUUCAUCCUGGCCAAGAUGCAGGGUGACGCUCCCACACGGACGCUAGCAGAGACCGCGACAGUGAAGGCUCGUGAGACUGCGCUCGCGGCUAAAGUGAAGGCUAAGGAUCUAGCGUCUCAAGCGCAGAAGAAGCAGUAUGUAUGAUGAAGAAACACACGGCUCUUCCAGCGCUGACGGCUCGUGUCAUUCCCACAC